AUGAACCAACAAACCAUCCCCGCCUCGCCCUCACUCCCUGCCGACCUUCUCACCCUUCAUCACAAAAACCACCGCGGUGUCUCGGAAGUGCAAGCCAAGGUGGCGUUCCUCAACGGACUCUCCCGGGGUGGCAGCCCCGCCAGCACAUCCAACAAUAAUGCCGCCGUGAUAAGAGCCAACAUGGGCCGUGAAGAGGCGGAAUCCGCCCUAGCUAUCGCACAAGAAGAGUUGGCUGAGGCACAAGAUCGCGAACGACGAAUCAGCGAACGCCUUGAAUCGUUGCUUGAGGAACUGCACGGAGCGAAGGAACGACAAGGCCAAGAACGCUCGAUCUUUGAAAAGGAAAUUCGGAAGGCUCGCAAAGAGGCUUUCCGAGCUGGAUCGACGAUGGUAAAGCUUCAGGAAGAACUGAAAAAUUCUAAGUCUGAAGCCAAGGCUCUUAGAGAAGAGGUGGCCGCUGAACGCGAAUCAAAAGACAGGGCUAAACAGGAAGCAUUCGAACGCGCCUAUGCCCUUGCCGGCCUCACCGAAGAGCUCGAACUUUUGAAAGAGAAAUUCCGCGCUUUGGAAACGGAAAACCACUCGAGCACUUUGGAAGUGCGCGCCCAUGAGAUUCGCAAGGAGGACUUUGGAAGAUUAUCAUUGGCUGAAGGGGACCUCGCAUUUUUGAACACCCCGCGGAGACCUAAACGAGCUGCCGCGGGUUCCGCCCGUUCACCUGUCCCCGAACGCGAUGAACACGUGGAAGCGACACCUCCCAAGCGCCCACGCCUGUCGGAAAUUGGACCGGCUGCCGAGAACGAGCAGCCUGCUUCGGGAGCCGGCCCUGUUGAGGAAGAUGCAGAUCUUUUGGAGGAUUUGAAGGAAGAGCUCGUUUUUGAACGCCGCCGCAGAGAAGCCGCAGAGGACAUGGUUCAUUAUAUGAACAUCGAGUGUCAGUUUGAACGUUGCUCUUGCAGAAUUGCUGAGAGCCAAGGACGUCGAUACAUCUAUGAUGCGGAGUACUACAAUACUUUCCAAAAGCCCCAGAUCGAAGCCGAAGAAAAGGCUCGGGCUCACCAGGCUAGCAUUCAGCAAAUCGCUGUGCAGCAACCCAGUCCAGAGUCAGCGAGCACUCCUGAGGCCAGUCCGCCCCCGCCUCCCGUUCAUCGGUCUCCCAUUCACCGAUCCCCUGUGCAUCAAGCUCCAACUUUCGAGCCGACUGUGCAGCAGUCUCCUGUCCACGAGUCACCCGUGCAUCAAUCCCCUGUGCACGAAACUCAUGUGCACCAGCCACCCAUCCACCGAUCCCCUAUGCACCAGUCCCCUGUGCAUCAGUCUCCUGCGCCUCAACCUCCUGUGCACCAGUCUCCGGUUCACCAAUCUCCAGUUCACAAUGUUGCCGAAGCUCGAGGAACUUCCCCUGAACCCAACCAAGAAGAAGCAGAGGCCAGUCAAACUCCUUUGGCGCCACCGCCUGUUCCUAUCCACCAUUCCGCUUCGUCCUCGAAGAAGCAAGAAUCUACGAACACACCAAAGAUAGAAAUGCCAGCCGAACCCUUGGUGACUUUCUCCCCGGAGACUGGUACUUUUAUGACUUUCCCAUCUCCUUUACGAGACAAUGUCCGACCUUUGCGAUUAGACCAGUUCGACACGCCGGACCUUCCUGAGCCUCAGCCAGAAUUCCAUCACAGCCAUAUGGAAGUCUCGGCCUCGCCAGAGCCAGAUGUUGAGUCAUUCACUCCUUCUGGAGAACCAGCUCCUCAGCAGGCUCCUGCUCCCGCUCCUGCUCCCGCCGCUGCGCUCCGUGUGCGUGCGCCAGCACCAGCUCCAGCUCCGAUGGUGAGGGGUCGUGCUACUCCAACCGAAAGCCAUAACGAUAACUCUUCUGCGCGGGCACGGUUGUCACAGGAAGCCCGACCACCCAGCCGUGUUCAACGAGACGCCCAAGGAUACCGCCAGCCGCUACACGCUCCAAAGAGAGACCCACGCGGACAAUCCUCCAUUAGAAACACAAAGAGAGUCCCCCUGCGAAAUGAGACGCAGACUCAACGCACUUCUCAUCCUGGCGUCCCAGACACCCCGAUUGAUCGCGAGCAAGCUCUUGCUCAGAUUCGAGCCCGCCGAGGUCGCACCCACAGCAAGCAGCGCUCAGUCAGUGCCAACGAAGCUGGUCACGCUGCUCGCGCCGCUGGCUCGAACACGAAUCCGGCAGGAGGUCCUCGUCGUGUGCCAAACCCCAAUCUCCGACCCGAUUCAAGGAGUGAACGUGAGCACAGCGAACGCCGUGAUAUGAGUGCGCCUGUUCGCAUGUUCCGUCGGUGA